UCGUACAAUUAAAUGACCUAAAAUCUAUGCCUUAAGAAAAGAAGAUCCUUUCAUUCUUCAGAUUGCUGCUACUGAACAAUGGCGAGAGAGGAACAUAAUCACAAAUAAUUCAAGGGUUUUCAUUUCUUCACUUACAGAUGGCUGCGUUUUUUCUGGGCCACGUGAUAUUGUGCUGCCACAUAUCCAAAUAAUGGAAAAUCCUCAUUGCCAACCUUUCUUGAUCUCCAGCAACAUAUCUUUCCCUUUGCAACCAAAUUAUGGGAAUUUAAUCCAGAAAUAUAAUAAUGAAAUCCACUCUUCAAUGUUGCUGAACUAUCGUUUUUAGGCACUUGUUGCUUUCCAAGUGUCUUCCAUGUGACAUUGGUUAUAUCAAUCAGUGAUCAUGGUGGAACUAUCUUCAAAAUGCUCGUAACAACCUUUGACAAAUCUGAGGGGCAGAUUUGGAAAUAAAUCAAUAAUAUAUAAAGCUAAUGGCGAAUACUCUCAAAAUUAAGAAGCGUCAUGUUUUGAGUUUUGCUAUACUUAAAGCUUUGCAAUGUGAAGCAAGUUUGUCAUGUCGUGAAGGUUGAUGCAUGUUGUGGCUGUGUGGCAUAUGUUGGAUAGACAUUAAGAACAUUAGUUGGCAUCAACAUCAUGUCUAAAACGGGAAUUUUCCAUCAACUUCUACAAAUCAAGAUGUAAUUGGUGCUCUAAAAGUCAAGUGUCUUGAGUGAUUACCUAAUGUCCUUACUCUCUCCCUUGAGAGAAAAAAAGGUGGGGGUGUAUUGGUUCGUUAAUUUAGUGAAGAUUGUGGAAUGCGCUUCAUGUUGUCUUCAUUUUCAGUGGUACAAAGUCUAAGUUAGAUGUUAAAACUUUUAUGAAGUGCUUACAUGUCAACUAUUGAAAUCUAAAUCUAGUAAUUGGAUAUCUUUGAAGAAAGCAAGGAUAUGUUUUGGUUGAAGAUUCUUUUCGAACAAACAAUGGGAUGCAACUUGGGCAAGUUGUAUGGCAAAUCAUAUAACCAAGGACAAGAAGAAUGUCUAGAAGGGUCUACAUGACUUGGCCAAUGAGUAAGUCACACAUCAUUUUGCAAUCACAAAAAGUCGAGUAGGUUGCAAAUGGAAGGUGCUUUUAAGGAAAAAUGGAAUUAGAUUAUGCUGUAGCUUGAGUAGAGAAGGUAAAGAAAAAAGCACUAAAAAGUGGGACAAUGAGUGGUGCACGUAGAAGAUCAAAAUCCUUAUGGGACAACAAAGAAGAAGCAAUCCCUCAAAGUGGAAAGAUUCUUGAUUCAAGCUUUCAUGGAGACACUUCACCAAAACGUUCAAAUUCAGAAGCUAAUGAUGUAUUCAUGUCUGAUGAUUUUUCUCAUGACCCUAUGCAACAACAACCAAAUGAAAACAUCCCAUAUAGAGGUGGCAACCGAGACCGGAGUAGGAGUCCACCCCGAAGCCGAGUCCGGGACCGGGAUCGGAAUCGGGAUGAAAGACAGGAAUCGUAUGAUUCCGGUGACAUAAGAAAUGAUUCGAUUUCAAGGGCAUCAUCACAUCGAUCAUCUAAAGAUUUUGCUUCUGGAAACUCUAGAAGAGGUAGUCAGGGUAGAUUCGUCCACCCGGAAUCAGGAUUCCGUGAUGACAGGAAUAAGGAUUCCGAUGGACAUGGUCAUAGGAAAGAUGCUGAUUACCACAGAGACGGAGGUAAUAAUAAUAAUAAUAGGAAUAAUUCUUAUGAUAAUAAUAGUGUGAAGCCCCCAUGUAGGUUUUUUAUGAGGGGUAAUUGCAACCGAAAUCGUUGCAAAUUUUCUCAUGAUGUUCCAAAAUCAGAGGAUUAUGUAGAAAGGUCACAUGAUGAAAAUAACAAAUCUUGGAAUGAUCCUUCAUGGAAUCAAGAAUCCCAAUCCCGAUAUGAACAAGAUUUUACUCAAAAUCCAAUCACUUUAAAUGAGGCUGAAAAAAGUCAUGACAUGAACGGAGGACCAAAACUUGAAGAAGGGAAACAACCUCUAGAAGCUUCUAGAAACGGGAUCCCAACUGAAAAUAAGGAGCAGGAGCAGUUUUCUCAAGCAAAUGAGAAGCAAAUUCUCGCAAGUGCCCUUGAGUUGCUCUAUUCCCUUCCGAAUUCCGGAUCUUCUGGUGCCCCUGUGAGUGAUCCCAUCAAAGCGGGAAUCUUGGCUGAUUCCGUGGAACAGGGGAAUCAGAUUCCGGUGGAAUCAGAUGUGAAGGAGGAGGAAACCGAGAAGAAAAAAGAUGGGAAUUUAAAGAAUACGAAUAAUAGUGGGAAAAAUGAGGUACAAGGGAAAGUGGAAGAGGGUGAUGAAAAGGCAAUGAGGCAGUUUAAGAUUGUGCUUGUGGAAUUUGUUAAAGAGAUAUUGAAACCAACAUGGAAAGAAGGUAAAAUGAGUAGAGAAGUUUAUAAAACAAUUGUGAAAAAAGUGGUUGAAAAGGUUUCAAGUAGUAUUCAAGGAGUUCAAAUUCCAAGAACACAAGAAAAGAUUGAUCAAUAUCUCGCGUUUUCUAAAUCCAAAAUCACUAAGCUUGUUGAGGCAUAUGUGGGAAGGCAUCUAAAGGCUUAACAAAUGCUUUGAUAAAAUGUUGUUGAGAUUAUUACAUAAGGUGAGUUGAUAGUUGAGAAAGGAGGUAUUUGUUGAACCAUGUAUUAUUAUUAUUAUUAUUAUUAUACAAUAAGUUUUGGCAACUGCUCUAUUAAAUUUAUUUAUUUGGUCAGUCAUUAAUUCACUAUUAACUUAUGUUACAAUAACCUUUUUGCCCAUGAAGUUAAAACCCUUGUUGUAAUGUUAUUAUUAUUUUUUAUUGGGAAAUUGCAAUGGGCAAAAAGUGGUUGAAAUUGAAACAUGAGGGACCAUGACCGAAUAAAUAGUUUUUUCUAGUGCUAAAAUGCUAAAACUUAUUUUAUUUGAUAGGGGAUUUGUAGGAACAAAUAUUUGGUUAUAGUUGGUGUAAGAGAUGUUUGUUUGUUUAGUGUUGUUUUUAAUUUGAAAUAUUUGUAUUGCUUUGUA